UUCGAAGUAGCUGCAGAGUCUUGUGACAGAUUAGUUGGCCAUGAGCCGCGAUGGGAAGUAGUGCCAGUAGUGAUGGAGGAACUCGAGAGAACCUUGUCCUACGGCUUGGACCUUCAAUCCAAGAUGCCCUAAGGCCAUCCGCAGAGCAGUUCAAGGAGGCUUGGGAGCAUCACAACGCCGGGGCCAGCCGGUCAACCAGGAAGAACACCUUGAAGGUUUUGACGCAACUGUUGGAGAACCAGCUGGAGGCGGCCAAAGCGACUGCGUCCAAGGCAAAGUUAGAGGUGGCAAAGGAGCAGGCUCGAAUGGAAAAGGCUGGAAGGAGAGAACGAGCUGAAUUGCGAUCUUGCUCGCCAACGAUGGUGUCGGAGGAAGGAUUAGACCGCUGCUCUGCUUUAAUGCUGGGUUGUGCUGCAGGACCUGUUAUGGCUGGGAUGAUGGCUGGAUAUGUGGAUGUUCCCAUCACAUGCUUGACGGCCAUGCUCCAAGACAAGGAGCUUCUGCAACUCCGGGUGGAUGUCCUGUUUGGAAAGCUCGCCCCCGAUGUCAAGAGUCAAGAGUUGAGGCCAUGAGAGCCAGCAUUGCAAGCGCUAGGUACAGCACCUCUGACAAGGGAGAAGAAACAGUCAGCUUGGAGGAUCUCAAGCACGGCUACCUCUCCUUCUUCGACAGGGCUGCCGCGUUGCUGACUGCAAGCACAGCUCCGCCAGAGACGACCUCAUCAGCGUCAUCACCGUGCUCCCUCCAGUGAGGAAGCGAAAGCAUUUGUUUGCAACAAAGUUUGCGCGCUCGAGGCAGCAGCCCUUAGCGCCGGAAUGCG